UUUUGCUUAUAUGGAUACACUUGAAAUCCCAGCAGUUUCGCGUGGCCGAACUGGCACGAUUCGUGGGACAAUCAAGGGCAAGCCGGCCCCGUCGCUGUCCAAGGCGCUGCCGCCACAGCAGGACCAGAUGAACAAGCUCCAGGUCAAGACGCAGCAGGACAUCGAACUGCUCGAUGAAGUGCGCAACUACAUGAAGCUGCGCGCUGGUGUCGAGGCAGAGUAUGCCGCCAAUCUCCAAAAGAUCACGCAACAAGCCCUUGCCAAGCGCAAGUGGACCACUCCAAAGCUCCCAAAGACCGACGUCGAGUACCGAACCGUCCUCGCUGCGUGGAAGUCACUGCUGGAUGAUAGCCUCGAGAUGGCAAAGGCUCGCGCUGGCAUCUCGGAAAAGAUUGGCAUUAUGAUUGUCGAUCCAAUCCGUCCCCAACACAAGCAAAAGCAGGCCGUGACCAAAAAGGGUCUUGAGCACGGUGUCGAGUUGAGCGAAGAGAUUGCCGUGACGUUUGAAAAGGUUGACAAGGCCAAGAAGGCGUACCAGGAUUUGGAGCGUGUGGCUGCAGUUGCUCGCGAAAAGUUUAACGAAAUUGAUGCUCGCUCCAAGAAGAAGUUGCGUAUUUUCGAGUCCAAGGCGGACGUGGAAAAGAAGCUCGAGAGGGCCGAAAAGAAGAAGGAUCUUUGCGAGCGCCGCGCUCAGACUGCUCGACACGACUACAUGCUUGGCUUGGCCAUGGCCAAUGGCCACCACGCCCAAUACUAUCGCCGAGAUCUGCCUGCAUUGAUGGCCAUGCUGGACGGCGACUUUUACUCGCAACUGCAAAACUAUUUCACGGCAUACGGCACCAUCAUGCAAGAGGCGAUUGCCGAAGAGCACGAAAACGCGCAGGACAUCAAGAAGGAAGCAGCGCUUGUUGACCGAGAGUUUGAAUGCAAGGUCUUUGUUCUCGAGCAUCCUCAGGAAUUCACCGAGCCUCCUCCGUUGGAGUUUAAGCCUCUCGAAUCGGAUCGGUUUACCACCAUGAUUCUGGACGCCAACUCGCGCCCCGUGCUCCACAAGGAGAUGCAAAAGAUGGUCAAUCACAUUGCCAAGGCGCAGAAGGUUAUCGAGCAAAAGUCCAAGGAGAUGGCCAGCGUGCAGUCCAUGAUUGAUGUUUACGUCAAGCAGCCACAGUUCGGCACGCCGGAAGCGCAGGCCGAUGCCGAGCUGCAGAUGGAAAAGUUCAAAGACACCAUCCGUCAGAUGCAGCUCCAGCAACUGAAGGCACAAGCUCGAUUGGAUGUGAUGGUCGCUGCAGGCUUCCGUCUGGAGGAUUUCAAGGCUUCUGUCGAAGACGAACCGGACAGCGGCGCAAAAGGCUCGCUCAAGACGUCGUCGCGUCGCUCCUCCUUUGCCUCCAUGACCUCGGCUGUUCCGACCCCGCGCGGACAGCGAUGCCGUGCCAUUUACGACUACAAGGCUCAGGCAUCUGACGAGUUGAACCUCGAGGAGGACGAGGUCUUGAAGAUUACAGAGCCCGAUCAAGAUGGCUGGAUGAAGGGCGAAAACUCCAAGGGCAUGGUCGGCAUCUUCCCGACUUCCUACGUCGAAAUUAUUUCUGCCGACGACGUCGAACCAUCCGAAUUCGACGACGAGUUUGAUGACGAUGACAACGCGUCCCUGCCAUCGCUGUCUUCGGUUUCCAGCGCGCCGCCCGCUAAAGCCCCGAGCUCGGUUGCGUCCGCUGCCGCCAAUCACUACCACUCCCAGCCUGCAGCAGCAGCAGCAGCAGCAGUACCUGCCUUUGCUGCUGUCUUCCAUCCCCCAGCAACCACCGCUGCCAAUCAAUACUCUCAACAAAGCGCAGCACGGACGCAGCAACAGCCUACUCAAGCUGCGGCCGCCAAGCCCGGUCGUCCGCCGCCGCCAAAAACCACCUAUGUCGACACUGUCCGAGCGUUGUACGACAACGAGGGCGAGGACAGCGAUGAUCUCUCCUUCGUGGAAGGCGACAUUAUCAAUGUCAUUUCCAAAUCAGACGACGACUUUUGGGUGGGCGAGCUCAACGGCAGACGCGGUACCUUCCCGUCCAUGCUCGUCGAGUCGUGCAAUGAGGAUUCGUCCGUUUAAAGCUCGGCGCGCAACUAUUCGUCAGCUGGUGUGACUUUUUGCUCCUGCAUUCUCGCGCAGACGUCUAUUUUUGUUUGUUUGGAUUUUUUUUUUUUGUCGUUGUUUUCGUGCUAUUCUUUGGAAACGUUCACUCAUUCUCUCAAUCGCUUAUACUUUUUGUUUCCCCUGUUUUUGGUGUGCUAUUGCCUUGUUCUAUUAUAGUUGACCAACUCGUUGGUGUUGCUUUUAAUGCGAUAAUUCUAGCUCUUAACGUG